CUGUCCAACCACCCUCGCCCAUUGCCUGUGGAGAUCGUUGCCUCCCUCGUCUUGCAGGGUCGAAAUCCCAUGGGCUGGAGGUAUAUAUGCGGAUGCUGAAUUCUACACCUCUCCACGGCUGCCAUCCACCUCAACGAUCACCACCCGUCAGUGCGGGGUACGGUUAACGGAUAGCUCGGGGGAUCUGCCAGUAUGGAUAUGAGAAAGAAAAAGAGAAAGGUCCUCUUGAUGGGCAAGAGUGGCUCGGGCAAAUCGUCCAUGCGGUCCAUCAUCUUCAGCAAUUACGUUGCUAAGGAUGUCCGACGGCUGGGCGCUACCAUUGACGUCGAGCAUAGCCAUGUCAAGUUCAUGGGAAACCUCACGCUGAACCUAUGGGAUUGUGGAGGACAAGAUGCAUUCAUGGAAACAUACUUGGCCUCUCAACGAGGGAACAUCUUCUCCGACGUCGCGGUCCUAAUCUACGUCUUCGACAUCGAAUCACGAGAAGUCGAGCGCGAUCUUGACACGUACAACGCCAUAAUCAAUGCCCUCAAAGAAUAUAGUCCCAAUGCCUACGUCUUCUGCCUUGUACACAAGCUGGAUCUCAUCCAGGCCGAACACCGCCAACGGAUCUACGAGGAACGAUCGGCCCUGAUCCGCAGCCGCUCGGAGCAUUUCGCUAUCGAUACGUUUGGCAGUAGUAUCUGGGACCAAUCACUCUACAAGGCUUGGGCCGGCAUCGUUCACAAGCUCAUCCCAAACUUGACCGUUAUCGAGCGCUUCCUGCAAGCUUUUGCCAAGAGAAUCGAUGCCGAGGAAGUCAUUCUUUUUGAACGGUCGACCUUCCUCACGGUCACUUCCGUCUCCUCCGAAGUUGGCGACAUGAACCCCAUCUACGAUCGCCAUGAACGACUCUCCAACAUCAUGAAGGCCUUUAAGCACUGUGCUGCCAGAAACACACACACCACUCCCGCAUCAGCCGGGUUCGUCGUCAUGCACACCAAGACCCCACAAUUCAACGUCUUCCUGGGCCGCUUCACGGACAACACAUACAUCUUCCUCGUCGUACCACCAGGCGAGGCAGCCUACAACUGCGCCGUGCUCAACACCAUGCUAGCCCGAGAGGGAUUCUCCAAAGCCGCCGCGACUGGCCAUGGGGACGGAUUUCCCCUCCCUGCAGCAUCCCCAGAGAACAGCAACGGGGUACAUUGAAAACGCUCGACAUGCUAUAUUCAAUCCAACCCGACCCUAAACGUAAGAGGGGCCCCCAGGCCCCAUGGCAACGACACAAAACAAAGGAGUGAUAAAAAAGACCACCAACCAACCUGCGGCGCGAUGCACGGCGUUUAAACCCGCCCCAAGGAGUGAGUACGUAAUGCGACCUGUUUCAUUAAGACAAAGAUACCCUACUUAGCAUGCAUG